AUGAUUAUAUUUACAACAAUUUUGAUAUAUUUUGUCUAUUGUUUGCCAAAUUACUAUGGAGUAAUUUUACCUAAUACCUAACAAAUUAUUAAACUAAACUACACUUAAAAUGUUUACAGUAUAAUUAUCAAAUUCUAAAAAAAUGAAGAAGAAGUGCUUUGUUUAGCAUCCACAAAUGAUUUAGAUUAAACAAAAUUAAAUGAUAUAGAUUUUACUUAUAAUCCAAAAGGAUCGUAAGUUUAUGAUUAUCAAAGUUACUAAGCCAAUAGUGAAUAUUAACUUAUUCAUAUGGGUUAUAUAGCAAUAAUUUACAUAAAAUGUUUAGAAUCAAAUUAAAAUCAAAAACCUAUUAAUAUAGAGAUCUAUUAUUCAGAGAAUUAAAUUACUUUAGGUUGUAUUAAUGAGUGUAAUGGAUACAACUAUCCUGAAAUUAUGAAUUCUGUUUGUGUGUCUGAAUCAUGUCACUGUUUAGAUGGAACAUUUGGAUAAUAUUGUUAAUUCUAAUCUUCUUAGAUUUCUAAGAAUGUUCUAACAUCAAUUACUUUAGAUUCUCAUUAAUGGAAGUAUUUUUAAUUCCAAUAUAGUACUACUGAUAUUAAUCUAUUCUCUUAAAGUCUAGAAAAAGAAUUAUGUAUUUUAUUUAUAUAUAAACUAUUUAGAUUAUAGUAUUGUAUUAAAAUAACAUCCAUAAUUAAAAAUCCCAACUCUAUAAGACAGCUAAAAAUUAUUGUCAAUAAAUAAUAUUUAAUAAUAAUUAUAAAGUAAGUAAUCUAAUGUUUAUGUUGAUAUUAUCUUCAUAGGAUUAUACAAUAAUCAAUCUUAAUCUAUAGAUUUUUAAUUUUAAGUGAUCACUCCUGAAGAAGAAUAAGAAAGUACUUUUGAAAGAAAUAAAAUUAUUAUAAUUGUUACUGGAUGUGUUGUAGGCUCAUUGCUUUUAUUUGCAUUUGGAUUAUCAGCCCUCAAAUCUAGAUAACAACGAUAAUUUCAUUAAUAAGUAUAAGAGGCAAUUAGAAGAAAUUUAAACUAAGUUCAUAAUAUGGAAUAAAUACAACCUUAAAGUCCAGAACGAUAACUUGCUUAAACUAAUCAUAAAGGUAACAUUUUAUCAAUUUAUGAGGUUUUUCCUUAAGGUUUAUUAAAGAUCAUUUUAAAGGACAUAAUUAUGAAAAAAUCAUUAAAGCAUACCCAGGCUUAUCUUAAUUUGAAGAAUGUGUUGUGUGUUUAGAAUAAAUGAAAAAACCUUCAACUAAAUAAUAAAAGAUUUGCUCUGUUAGUCCUUGUUUUCACAUCUUUCAUACUCUCUGUCUCGAAGAAUGGUUAUUGAGAUAGAAAAAUUGUCCUUUUUGUAGAACUGAAUUCACAAGAAAAAAAAUUAUCAAAGAUUAUCCUUGGUUAGAAGUCAAUACUAUUAGAGUCAAUAAUACAGAUUCUACUUAUCUUAGUCGCAUGAAAAAUCAUUAAGAUAGAAUUAAUGAAAGUUAAAUCGAAUUUGUAAAGUAAUAACCUGAAGAAUAAUUGCCAAGUCAUAUUGAAGAAAUUAAUGAAUGA